AUGUAUAGUUUAAUGAAGAAGACAGCAGUUUUGCCAAAUCCUCAAGAAGACAUAUGUAGUGACCAUGGAAGACCUUUGGAGCUUUUUUGUGAAGCAUGUAAUAAAGUAAUCUGCGUUACAUGCUUGGCUCAUGAUCACAAGCAUCAUGAAUAUGAAUUAAUCACUGACAGUUAUACUAAACACUGUCAAAAGUUAAGAGAAUGUCUAUCACCAGUUGGGAGGAAGAAGGAAGCACUCGAGAAGUCAGAGAGGAAACUGACUGAGCAAGCAAAGAGGGUUAUUGAUGCUAGGCUGAAGGUGCUUACAGAGCAGAUGAAAUCUGCAGAAAGGAGCUUGAGUCUUCUGGAGGAGAUUGAGAGUUCUGUGGACAACAUUUUGAAAACAGGUAGCCAUCAACAAGUUCUAGGGUUGGAGAAGCAGAUGAUAGAGCGUAUGAGUGAAGUUACUGCAGGGAUCAAUAUGGAGGAGCUACAUCCAAUGGAAAAAACUGACUUUGAAUUAAGUAAAGAUAUCAAAUCACUACAUCACAUUGGAGAUAUUUUGUCUCACUCAUCUACUGCACUAGAAAAAAGUCAAGUGAAGAAGAUUAAUGAUUGUAUUAGAACUGCAGAAAAAUCGGUUUCAUUUUCACUAUCAUUAGUGGCACCAGAUUCAUCUCUUUUGUCUGUUCCCCUCUCUUCCAUCAGCUGCAGUCUAGUACCAGUUGUGAAAGUACAAGUGUAUGGUCUACAACUUGGAGAUACCUCACUAGUCAUCCCUAUCAAUCCUUACCUUGAUAGUGUAGCUCCAGUAUUUGCUAUAGCUGAGCUUAAAGGCCCCUGGGGAGUUGCUGUAAAUGAAGAUAAUCAAGCUGUAAUAACUAUGUUUAAUGGACACUGUGUAGCAAUACUGGAUAGAGCUGGAAAGAAAAUGAAAUCAUUAGGAGGAAGAGGAGGAAGUGGUAAUGUUAAGUUUUCUUCACCUCGUGGUGUAGCCAUUACUUCAGAUCAAUUCAUUUUGGUUUCUGAUAAUCAUAAGAUCCAAAAGAUAAGCAUGGAUGGAUACCUUGUAGCAUCUGUUGGUGAAAAAGGCAAUGGACCAUUACAAUUCAAUGUUCCUGAUGGUAUAGCCAUUUCUCCAAAAACAGGACAAGUUUAUGUUGCUGAUUGGAAUAAUCAUCGUAUACAAGUCUUGAAUGCUGACCUAACAUUUUCUCAUUUAUUUGGGAGUAAAGGAUCAGCUAGUGGUCAGUUCCAGUCUCCAUGUGACGUUGCUGUUGACAGUGAAGGAUGGGUAUAUGUUGCUGAUACUUUGAACAAUAUCAUUCAGAAGUUCACUCCAGAAGGAAAUUUUGUGACUCAGUUUGGUAGCAAUGAGUCUGGUCUCGGAGAACUUGAUAAGCCAACAGGUAUAGCAAUAGACACUGCAGCUACUGGUCUGGUAUAUGUUAGUGAAUGGGGCAAGAGCCGCAUCUCAAUAUUUACCUGUGAGGGUGUCUUUGUUAACAGCUUUGUUAGGGAAGGCAAACAGUUUAACAAUCCUUAUGGAAUAUCAUUUGAUAAGGAUGGAUUCUUGUAUACAGUGACAUGUGAUUGUUAA